UAAGUCAAUUUGGAUUUUUCCUCAUGAUAAAGCCAAGCAAUUGUUGAUGUCUUUGUUCAUUCAAUUGCCGCUCGCACCCUUGGGCCUGCGUUGGACAGGCGUGACAAAAAGGACAUUACUGAAGAGUGGCAACACUGAAAACCGCGACAAAUGAAGACAGGAAAAUAACACGAGUACCGAAAUGAUUCAAACGCCAGCUUCGCUAGCUUUAGCCCUCAUCUAAAAGGGUCAGCUGACUCUGGUUGCAUAAACCAAAACUAUGCGGCAAGGAUCUGCCUUCGACCGAGUCAAACCUCUUGAAUGGGAAGCGUUCAAAUGAAUGAAUGCUGCGCAACAGAAUCUGACGGCCAGAGGAGCUCACCAGAGCGCAGAAGCCAAAAAAAAGAAGAUGCCUCUGCGGAGGACCACAGGCAAACGGCGGCGGCCUCUUCGCAGACACGCGCGCGACGAGCCCCAACGGCGCUGACAAAGUUGAGCACGAGAGCGGAAAAUUCAAAAACAAGAGGCACAAGUGACUAAAUGACAUCACAAGGUGUCGCGCGACAGACCAAAUGAUGUCACAAGGUUGAUGCAAGUGAUGACGUGCCGGUCGUAUAAAAGAGCUAACGUGACUUUUUGGGAAGAGCGCCAACGACCAAGAGGCAAAUCCUCAACCGGCAAGCGGAGGGGCAAAGCUCGUGGAGCCAGUGGGUCGCUACGCCACGCCACGCCACGCCUGCCGCCAUGGCUUCCCUUUCCCACGCUCAGCGGGAGAAAAACCCAACGUACGUGUUCUCCAGUCGGCCCAGGCCGGUGGAGAGCCGCUCAAAGUUGAACGGCUCGCCUACGGAGAACAGCGAGUACGGCAACAUUCUGUACGAUCGGCGGGUGAUCAGGGGCAACGCUCACGGUCGGAAGGCGGCGGCGCCGCCGCACGCGGCCGACAUUCAGCAGCAGCACGGAUUCCGCAGGCGAUCGGUGGACUUUGUGAGGUCCAGGGACCACGUGUGGUUCAAGACUCACGACAACCUGCCCGGACGGAAACACGUGGACGUCCAAACCGAGUCCUACCUGGAGGAGCUGAGUCACAUCUUGGUGACCAAGGACAACGACUCGCAAACGGACCCUUUCCUGGACAGACCGGCCACUCCGCUCUUCAUCCCCGCCAAAUCGGGCGAAGACGUGGCCACCCAGAUCGAGGAGGGCCAGUUGUUUGACUUUGACCGGGAGGUGCAGCCGGUGCUGGAGGUCCUGGUGGGCAAGACCAUCGAGCAGUCCCUGCUGGAGGUGAUGGAGGAGGAGGAACUGGCCUGCUUGCGGGCCCAGCAGAGGGCCUUUGAGCAGCUGCGCAACGCCGAGCUGGCCGAGGUCCAGCGGCUGCAGGAGCAGGAGCGCCGCCGCAGCGAGGAAAAGGAGUGCCGCAUCGCCCAGCAGAAGGCGGCGGUGAUGAAAGAGAAAGAAACGGCCGAGAUGAUAGCUGCCCAAGCCUGCGCGCAGCAGUUCCUCUCCAAACUCUUCCCCGCCGUCUUCGCCUCGCUCAGGAGACACGGCUACUUCUACGACCCGGUGGAGAGAGACAUCGAGGUGAAUUUCUUCCAGUGGCUGACGGCCGAGGUCAACAACACUCUGGAGAAGAGGAACUCAGCCAGGCUGCUCCUGGAUGCCAUCAUCCACGACAUUGCCCUGGAGAGGAGGGAUUUCUUUGCCCAUCUGCACUCGCAGCCCGCCGACCCGGACAAGUAGCGGGUGGGUGGCCAAG